GUGUGGGCGGGACUUACAGCGAGCUCGAACAUGGCCGCGUCCUUAGACGAUGAUGUUGACUUCAAUAAUCAGGAUUACUACUCGCUGCUCAACGUGAGGAAGGAGGCAACUCUGGAGGAGCUGAAAGCAUCGUAUCGCAGACUUUGCAUGCUCUACCAUCCUGACAAACAUCGCGACCCUGAGCUGAAAAUACAGGCUGAGCAGCUUUUCAACCAGGUGCACCAAGCCUUUGAGGUGUUAAGUGAUCCUCACGCUCGAUCCAUCUACGACCUCUUUGGGAAGAAAGGUUUAGAAGUAGAAGGUUGGGAGGUGGUGGAACGAAAAAGAACACCGGCAGAAAUUCGAGAGGAGUAUGAACGUCUACAACGAGAAAGAGAAGAGAGGAAGUUGCAGCAAAGAACGAACCCCAAGGGCACCAUAAGUGUGGGUGUGGAUGCGACUGACCUCUUUGACCGUUACGAUGAGGACUUUGAGGAGAUGCCAGGGGGAGGUUUUCCUCACCUUGAGAUCAACAAGAUGCACAUCUCCCAGUCCAUCGAGGCUCCUUUGACGAACUCUGACACAGCAGUGCUUUCUGGCUCACUCUCAACACACAAUGGCAAUGGAGGGGGCAGCAUUAACAUGACUGUUCGGCGGGUUACAUCUGCGAAAGGCUGGGGAGAGUUGGAGUUUGGUGCAGGAGACAUACUGGGACCUCUUAUUGGCUUGAAGGUGUUUCGUAAUGUAACACAGCGAUGUUUCUUGACAGCGCAGUGCGGCUUGCAGUUUUCCCCCCGUGGCUUACGCCCCAGCUGUUCUUUGAUGACAGCACGCCACCUGGACCAGAACACGAUGGGGUAUCUGCAGUGGCGCUGGGGUCCCACCAGUGCGAUGACCACAAGCGUGGUGCGGGACACGAAGAGCAGUCAUUUCACUCUUGCUGUACAGCUGGGUGUUCCUCACUCCUACCUAAUGAUGAGCUACCAGUACAAGUUCCAAGAUGAGGACCAGACCAAAGUCAAAGGUUCCCUCAAGACAGGCUGGUUCGGAACGGUGCUGGAAUACGGAGCAGAGAGGAAGAUCAGCCGCCACAGUGUCCUGUCAGCCACUGUCAGCGUCGGCGUCCCUCAGGGAGUCACACUGAAGAUCAAGUUGGCACGUGCCAGUCAGACGUACCUGUUUCCAGUCCACCUGACAGACCAGCUGUUGCCCAGUGCUCUCUUCUAUGCCACAGUGGGGCCGUUGCUGGUCUACGUGGCCGUCCACAAACUGGUCAUCAUCCCCUACACGCGAGCACAGAAAGAAGAAGAGCUGGAGCUGCAGAGGAAGAGCUCAGCCACGGACAUUGCCAAGAAGAAGCAGGAGGCUGAAUCGGCCGUUUUACUGAUGCAGGAGUCUGUGAGGAGAAUCAUAGAAGCCGAAGAAUCCAAGAUGGGGCUGAUCAUCCUGAAUGCCUGGUAUGGAAAGUUUGUGUCCGACACCAGCCAGAAGCGGGAGAAAGCCAAAGUCAUUGACGUCACCGUGCCGCUGCAGUGCCUAGUCAAGGACUCCAAGCUCAUCCUCACUGAGAGUUCCAAGGCGGGCUUGCCGGGCUUCUACGACCCCUGUGUGGGAGAACAGAAGGGCCUGAAAUUGCUCUACCAGUUCAGAGGAGUAAUGCACCAAGUCAUCUGCGCAGACACCGAGCCACUCCGGAUACCCAAACAAUCUCACAGGAUUGAAAGUGAAUCUUAGGAGCCAUGGAACACUAGAGGGCAAUGAAGGAACAAAAUACAUUUUUUUUUUUUUUUUUUACAAAAAUCCAGCCUUUGGUCCUCCUCUGUGAUGGUAUUAGUGAAUCUUUUAUGAAGUCCCGCCACUCCUCCUUUUCCUACGAAGUGACUCCUAGCUGCGAGGUUAACACACCCACUGGGAGUUUGCCUGACACUUGACAGAACAGCUCAAAUAUCGUCUGUCCACUGAAGAAGGACAGAGGGGCCCGUCGUGGUGCCAUCAGUGAUUGGCCUAAGUUUCGCAGGCAGAUGUCAACCUUCAUCACAGUGUCAAAUACCCAGCCACGUAAGGAAAAGUGCGUUUUACCUCAUUGUGGACUUUAUUCAUCACAUUUUGUCCUUCAGAAUCUUCAUGAUAUAUUACAGAGUAUAAUAUACUCCUCAUGCAAACAGGAUCAAGUCAUAGGAUGGCCUGAAGUGCAGGUUAGUUUUUGUUAAGGUCACAUCUUUAGUUCAUGACGGCUGCGCAGUGGGUGGCACUGUGUGGAAAUGUGUGAAAAUAUUAUUAUUAUUAGGGAAAGGGAAGUGACGUGGUGUGCAGGAUGGUACUGAUCUGUGCAUUUCAGGAAAUGGUCAUAUGAUUUCAUUUAGAUUCUAUUUAAUGUCAUAAAAGGUUAUUGGUUUUGCUGUAGCAAUAAUUACAUUUUGGCUGCUACUAACCUACAGUAUAUAAACUUGGAUGCAAUUGUGUGACGUUUACUUUGAUUUAACAUUUUUUUCUCAUGAACUGCAACUUCCAGUUUGUCCCUCUGAAAUGGAUUUUACUUCGUAUUUGUUUUAUUCUGAUUUGAAAUGUUGGCUAAGUCAGCCCAUAAUGUCUGUGUCAUAUCUUGUACAUGUUAAUUUGUCUCCAUGUCUUUCAGUUGAGUUCCUAGUUUCAGUUGCACUUAUUUAUUUUUUUUAAAACUCGAAUUGGUCAUGAUAAUAGGGAUUGAAAUAGCAAUUAUUAUAAGGACUGUAAUGAAGGAAAACUACAUAUUUUGCACUGAAAUGUUUGAAUACAGUGACUAAUUCUGGUUUUAGAUGGAAGUACUGUAAUACUGAGUUGCCAUCUUGUUACUCUCAAAUUGUGUACGUAGUACAGUAUUUUUCCCAUUUCGCUCGUUUUAAAAUGUGUUGCACUUUAUAAAGUCCACAUGCACAAUUUAAUGAGAUCCAAUAGAAUAGCUGCAUCAAAUAUUCUGCUUUUACAUAUAUAACAAUGUUGUUUUGACUGAGUGACAUUGACAGAGAGCUGUAGAAUUCACUGCAUCAUGUUUCUAAUAUUUAGAGGACCUUAUUUAACCAAGGGAAAUAAAUACCUCUGAGCGGUGCUACAACGCAGUAAUGAACAUCCAUCCAUCCAUUUUUCGUAGCACUUAACCUCACCUCGGUUGCGGGCGUGCUGGAGCCUAACCCAGGUGACUCUGGGCAAGAGGUGGGGUACACCCUGAACUGGUCGCCAGCCAUUUGCAGGGCACACAUAGACAAACAACCAUUCGCACCUACAGGCAAUUUAGAGUAUUCAGUGACCCUGCCAUGCAUGUUUUUAGGAUGUGGGAGGAAACCGGUGUAGCUGCAGAAAACCCACACAGUCACGGGAGAAUAUGCAAACUCCACACAGGCGAGGCCAGAUUUGAACCCGGGUCCUAAGAACUGUGAGGCAGACGUGCUAACGAGUCGUUCACCGUGCCGCUAGAAAUGAACAUUUUAAUACAAUAUGAAAUCACAGACAAUGUCAAUUAAAAGUUCUUUUGGUUGCUGUUUUUGAAUUGGACGUGUAAGUGUACCUAAUGUGCCCGUGUGGGUUAUUUUGACAGGUGUUCUGCUCACAUCUGCUGCAGCGUCGCUCUCAGGCCAGCAGAAAAGCAGCACCCUAAAUGUUACAUUCCAACCUACAUCCAAAUUGUUUGUGAUUACAUAAACAGUAUGUGUAGCGUGUGCUGAAUGGAGGAGCAUUGCUCUCUUAUCUGAAAAUACUACAAUAAAUAAUACAAAAGUGAA